AUGAAGGCAAAGAUAUACAAAGAGUUGACCAAAAAGAAUGGUAUCCUGCUUUCUUCAGAUGCACUGGCAUAUUUAAACACCAAGAUUACAGACGAGUGUAUGCUGAUGCACAUCUCUACAGAGUAUAAGAGAAGAAAUGGACCGAAUAUGGGAGAUUUAAGAUUAUUCCAGGAAAUCAUUGAAUCUACAAAAGCAUACACACAGACUCCAUACACCAUAAUUAACCAGCAAUACAGGAAAACAGAUCUCAUGCACAGAUAUAAACGACUCAAGCAAAGAAUAAACAAGGAUAUAACACCCAUAUAUCUUCUAAGCAAUCGACGCUGUACAAUAUUCGGGUGCUAUUACAGAGAUAAACAGGGAAAAGAGGUCUUAGAGGAUGAUGGCGACAUUAUUAUACUUGAUAUGAACAUGUGUAACGGAAAUGCCUUUCUGUGUGAUAACAUUUUUGUUGCAUUAGACGGGUGCGUUACUAAAAAUGCCUUUGAAGUAACAGAAAUACAUUUUCCAAGCAUUGAGAUGAGAAACACAAAUAUGCAUAGAAUACCCGUUGAAAGUUUCAAAAUGCUGUUUUUUUCUGAUCUCUGGCUUAAUGAGAUGAACGGCAACAUCCUAAGAAAGAUCAUUAUGAAAAUUCCAGCGGAUCUGAUUGUAAUCAUGGGAAGACUUUCUUCGGAAAAAUGUAUGUCUAUUCCAUAUGCAUGCUUCAUGAACGGGCUUAAGCCAAAUAAUGCAUUUUCACAAGUUCCAGAUAUUAUUAUAUGUCCUGAAGCAAAUGACCUGUACUCUUCAUUUCUUCCAAAAGAGGUGCCGUCGCCCAGUGAAUACAAAGAUACAAUUAAAAUGGCCACUAAUCCUUGUAUCAUAGAAACAAAGUACUGUUCGGUGGGUAUUGUAAGAGACAAUGUUUUCAAAUCAAGAGAGCGUGGACGAUUCAUAGGAACUGAUUACACAAACUCAUUCAUAAGAACAAUGUUGUCGCAACAAAGCUUUAAUCCAUUUGUUAUACCAAACCUUGACAUUGAAGGUAUACCAGAUAUAGUAGUUGUGGGCCAGGAUGUCUAUCCUUUCAUAUCUUGCAUUGAUGACAUAACAUUUAUUUCAUGCCCAAGCUUUCGUGAUGGAAUGUCUUUUAUUUCAUAUGAUGCCUCAUCAAGAAUACCAAGCAUAUUAUGCUGUAAAGAUGUUCUGGAAGAUAAUGCAUAG